CUCCGGGAGUGACUCAAUCGCAAGGCGUUCACCUCUAUUGAUGAAAUCUCUGUUCGUAACUCUCAAGCAAUUCACGUUGAUUUGCCUAGAAAUUUGUCACUCUUUCCCCAAAUAGAUUUCUAUCUGCAUAAUUAUAUAAUUAAAUACCGAUAGAAGUAUAGAGACCCACCGUCGUGAAGACCGAGAGUCAUCAGCCAAGCAAAGACGAAUUGUCCAAGUUCGGCUGCACGGUGUGUGUCCUCCGCCUGGGAUUGGAUUCAGAACUGUGGACUGAUUGAUCUUCCGCUUUUUAGUCUGGUGGAUAUAAAUUGACAUUCCACCCAGCUUUCUUCUUGCAAGCGAUCGUUUAGAGGAGUACGUACAGUACCUUUUACUUGUGCCCGACGCCUUAUCGCUACCCCGCUACCCCACGUUUUAAAUUCUCGGUCUCCCAACUGACCGGUUCGACCUUAGCAUUCAUAGACUAUAGACGCAAAAAUGCCUCCCGUUAUUCAUUGCGUGCGCCAUGCUCAGGGCUUCCACAAUCUCUGCACAGAAAACCAUGUCAUUCGCGACCCCCUCCUCACUGACCUGGGCAAUGAACAAUGCCGCAAACUCUCCGAGAAUUUCCCCUUCCAUGACAAGAUCGAUCUCAUAACUGCCUCUCCUCUCCGUCGUACCAUCUACACCGCAUUGCAGGGUUUCGGGCCUGUUUUUGAAGCGCACAAGGACACGAAAUUGCUUCUCCUCCCCGACGUGCAAGAAACCAGCGACGUUCCUUGCGACACGGGUAGCGACCCCGUUGAUUUGCGAAAGGAAAUUGAGGAGAAUGGAUUGCCUGUUGACCCAACAUUGGUGCAUGAGGGAUGGAACAACAAGACUGGUCGGUAUGCCCCGACUCACGCCGCGAUUAGAAAGCGAGCCCGCGAGGCUAGACGGUGGUUGAAGGCGAGACCUGAGAAGGAGAUCGUUGUUGUGACUCAUGGUGGGUUCUUGCAUUAUUUCACGGAGGAUUGGGAAGAUAGCAGCCAGUACCAAGGAACGGCUUGGGUUAACACCGAAUACCGUACUUACGAGUUCUCGUCUGAUAUCCACAAGACUGAUGUGGAAGGCCACGAGCUUGAGGGCGAGGACGCAACUUUGGUUGAGACUAUCUCUUCGCGCGAACGUCGUGGCAAAGAAGGCCCGGCACCUGACCGGGAGACUCAGAAGGCCCUGUACAAGAAAGGAACCCAGGGGUGGGAUGACCAGGGUUUGCAAUUGAGCACGGCUGAACGUCAAGCGGCCAAGGUUCCAGAGGGCAAAGAAGUUGAUGGUGUCCGUGUAUGAGCUCUUGGAAAUAUCCCCUCCCUGUUUGAUAUCUUUCUGUAGAUAGUAUUGGAUGCUUUGUUCCUGGUUUCAUAUAAAGAAAUAGAACGGCUGCGUCUUUGUCGUUGUGGCGAAAUAAUACCUGAAGAGACGAUUGGGAUGAAAUGAAGACGAUUGGAAAUCGUAAUGCAUAAUAGAAGUUUUCUCUUCAAUUUACAUAUAAUAAUGAGCAUAGUGGCCACUGUGAUGAGCUGAUUGUGAGGUAAUUAAAGAAAUUCGAACAAUAGAGAACAAACCCCUAGGCUCUUGAUCAUGCAAGACAUAAAAGGCUCUGUCUGUUUGGGCACUUUCGAUAGCAGAUGUAGACCCCUAUGGUCUCAUGGUAGGUAAAUACCCCUAGUCUCACGAGUUGAAUUUGCUUUCAGGACGUGUGUCUAUCAAACCUAAAAGAGAGAAGGAAGUGCGACUGGCCCAGACCACUCGUUGGCGUUAAAAAACCUGGGCAUUGGUGUGACAUUGUUCAUAGGUUGUCUAUGUGCCCACCCCAUAUCUUAGAAAAA